CAUCGUCGAAAACUACUGAUUCAUCAUGACUGGCCGUGGUAAGGGAGGAAAGGGUCUCGGUAAAGGAGGAGCGAAGCGUCAUCGCAAAGUGUUGCGUGAUAACAUCCAGGGCAUCACCAAGCCUGCCAUCCGCCGUCUGGCUCGCCGUGGAGGAGUGAAGCGUAUCUCGGGCCUGAUCUACGAGGAAACGCGUGGCGUGCUGAAGGUGUUCUUGGAGAACGUGAUCCGUGAUGCCGUCACGUACACGGAACACGCCAAGCGGAAGACCGUCACCGCCAUGGAUGUCGUUUACGCGCUGAAGCGCCAGGGCCGCACGCUGUACGGCUUCGGAGGUUAAGCAGGGGAAGACAACGACGCCCACCGCAUUCAGAGAGAAUCGCAUCCAAUCGGCCCU